UCUCGAGACGAGGCUAAGCAUGCGGCGAGGGGUUCGUACGCUGAGUCGUCUUCCGAGUCGGACCGGAAAACCCCUUCUCCCUUCGAACCCUCGAAACCUCGGCGCAACUCGACCAUGCUCGGGAGGUCGCUCACCUUAGCCCGCCGCCGCGCACCCCCUCUCCCUAUCCCCUCCUCCUCGCCUCGCUCACUCUCCGGCUCCCUCGACCCCGAUCUUGGACUCCCCGAUGAGGUCGCCGCCGCCCCAGCAAAGCCGACGCCACCGCCAAUCGAGCCCUCGGCCGAGGCCGAUGCCCUUGCCCGCCUCCUCCUUCAGCACCACAACCCCUUCCACGCCAUGGAGUCCCCACUCCAGCUCGCCGGUGUGGGCCUCUCCGAUUCCCUCGUCCUACAGACCCUCCUCCGCCUCCGCCACGCCUCCAAGGUCGCCCUCGGCUUCUUCGUCUGGGCUCGCGACCACGCCCACCACCAGCACGCCUCCGAUGCCUAUGGCCUCAUGGUCGAUAUCCUCGGCAGGGUCCGGCAGUUCGAUGUCGCGUGGCAGAUGAUCAUUGAGAUGGACCAGCGCGGCGUCGGGCCGACCCCGAGGACGUUCGCUGUGCUCGUGCGGCGGUACGUGGCCGCCGGGAUGGCGCAACAGGCCAUCAGAACCUUCGACGACAUGGAGGCGUUUGUGGGGAGGGAACCCAACGGGGAGGAGUUCAAGAUGCUCCUCGACACCCUCUGCAAGUAUGGCUACCCUAAGGUUGCAACAGAGUUAUUCAAUAAGAGGAAAUUUAAGUAUGAACCUGAUGAAAAGACAUAUGCAAUAUUGAUUUAUGGAUGGUGUAAGGUAAACCGACAUGAAAUGGCACAAAGGUUUCUAAACGAGAUGGUCAAUCGUGGGUUAGAACCAAAUGUGGUUACGUAUAAUAUUUUGUUGAAUGGGAUCUGUAGGAGGGCAAGCUUACACCCAGACAAUAGGUUUGAUAGAACAAUCCAAGCUGCCGAGGAUCUUUUGAAUCAGAUGCACAAUAAAGGCAUUGAACCUGAUACGAUAAGCUAUUCUAUCAUCCUUCAUGUUUACAGUCGAGCUCAUAAACCAGAACUAUCUCUUUAUAUGUUUCGCUCAAUGAAAGAGAAGGGAAUUUGCCCAACAGUGGCAACAUACACAUCACUUGUCAAGUGUCUUGCAUCAUGUGGAAGAUUGGAAGAAGCCGAAGAAUUGCUUAGUGAGAUGGUGCGUGAUGGAGUGUGCCCGACUCCAGCUACAUAUAACUGUUUCUUCAAGGAGUAUCGUGGAAGGAAAGACGUGGUUGGUGCUACAAAAUUGUACAAGAAAAUGAAAGAAAUGGGCUUAACAAGUGGGCCAGAUAUUCAUACAUAUAACAUAUUACUUGGAAUGUUUUCAAAAUUAAAUCGCAUGGAGAUUAUCUGGGAAAUAUGGAAUGAUAUGGUUACUAGCGGUACUGGCCCAGAUUUGGAUUCUUACACCUUGUUAAUUCAUGGGCUUUGUGAUAAGAAAAAGUGGAGGGAAGCUUGCCAGUAUUUUAUGGAGAUGAUAGAGAAGGGGUAUCUUCCACAAAAGGUCACAUUUGAGACACUGUACCGGGGAUUGAUACAGUCAGAUAUGUUGAGGACUUGGAGGAGACUAAAGAACAAGGUUGAAGAAGAAUCUCUAAAAUUUGGUGCUGAAUUCCAACAUUAUCACUUCAAACCUUACAAGAGAUAGAUCAUAAUAUAAGUCUUACAAUGAUUCCCUCAGGGCAAUAUGCCUAUGUAGAUUGCAAUAGAUCGGUAAGUUAGUAUGUGGCUGAAUCAUCUUGCUGACAAUCUUCUUGAAGCACAUGAUGUACCAUAAUGGUAAUUAUAGGAUUUGCUUGUCAGAGAGAGAGAGAGAGAGAGAGAGAGAGAGAAUUUACUGGAAUUAUAUCAUUGAUAAAAUUAACUGGUGUUGGUGUUAUGAAUGAUUGAUCUGUCCAAUAACUGUGUGUUUCGAUUUAUUUAAUAUAAGUGCAAACUAAACUGAAAUUGUUUCUGUCAGAUCUGAAUUUGGUUGGGGAUUUGAUGGUGGAAGUGACCAAUGACCAAUAUUAAACUAAACAUGGGACUACCUUUACAUGACCAUUCAUCCGGUAGAAUGGUAUGAUCAAGGUCUUUGCCUGACUCUUAACCUUGGCUUGUAUCAUUACUUCUGAAAGGCAGAGAAGUUCUGCGAUUCUCCUACAUGAAGAUCUUCCACUACCCUUUUUCACUUAUCGAAAGAACUAGACAAUGUGUACCAUGCUCUUCUGCUGAAUUUUCUGUCUGUUAUCCGACAAAUUUUACAUAUUUGUGGUUUGAGAUUGGAUCAGAAUGCACAUAAUUUAAGAUCUGAUGAUGAAAAGGUUGUGCAAGAUGUUGUACCAAUGUGCACAACCAUGGAAUUCUUUCAUGACAUCAUUAUAUCGGGAGCGGAUGUGUCCAACAACAUAUGCAGCCUAAGGGUUUUGCAAAUCCACAUUGUUUUAUUAAGAAAAAUCUUGAUACUGAUACGAUUUGAAGGUAAAGGUAUGUUGAUGCUUAGGACGCUUAUCUUGAAUCAGUUUCAGUUAGUGCUGAGUAGCACCAAGAGGCAAAGGCAAUUACAGUUGAUAAAAAAUUGUUCCUGUUUACAUGGUAUGAAAUCUGACAAUCCUGACUGAUUAGUUUUAGCAGUUCUUGGCUGCUUAUCACCACACAGUUGCAGAUGGCAUAAUCUUGCUCUGUCAGUUCAACCAUUGCAUCUCUCUUCUUGGCUGGGGCAGUGUCACUGGUGAUAAAAUUGCUUGUUGGAUUGCUGAGUGGUUAGAGGCAAUAAACAUGACGAGUUCAUAUCGAGGAUUUAAUAAUGUUGGUGGAGAACAUGCGGCCCUUCAUUUACCAUGUUAGCUUCAUUGUAUCUGAUAUCUGUUGAGAAAAGCAGGUUAACUGUCCUUUUGGAAGUUUCUCUGGGGCUUUUAUGAUGUGUGUAACAGGAACACAAUUUGGGAUCACCCUGGAAGAAAGGACUAGAGAAAAUAUCAACUGUUGGAAUCCUUCAAAUUUUGGUUCUUAAACACAUGGUCAGAGUAGGAGAAGAUGCCUAAGAUGUACUUUGGACAAUCGUCUGUCACUAUGCGUGUAGGAUUCUUGUAGUAUGUAAACACAUAACUAUUGUAUGAAUGAUAUCACUUGUCCUACCAUUCAUUUAUUUAGCCACCUGUUUCCAAGGUUUA